AUGGAUCGCUCCAGUGGACUCGUCUCGAGACAGGGAAGCAUAUCCCACAUGCCAUGGCCCUCUGAGACGUCAGCAUUUACAUCCCAUCUUCGACAGUGCUCUGCCGAGCCUGCUAUGGAAAGGCAGCUGGGAUUUGACCGCUCACAUCCAUCCCUCAGCAGCUAUUUCCUCCAACUAUCUGGCCAAGACGGCAGAGAUGCUAUUAGGGAGCCGCCGCAGCAAAUGGUUUAUCCUAACCAGCAGCAAAUGAACAACAUCGUGUCGAUGAGUCCCGCAGCAGCUACUCCUGCAUCUCGAGGCCUUGCCUCGAGUAACUGGCGUACUAUUGGGCAAGAAGGAACCCCUUUCACGCGAGCACAUCAGCGAGCCCAGCCAAGCCUGGGUCUCGCCAUGGCAUCGAUGGAGCAAGGCGACGCAAGAGGAGCCGUGAGCGAUGGAUAUGCGUAUUACCUGAAUCGCGGCGAUGGACAGGUGACUAGGCUUAUACCGGCCGAUGUGCUGCCGUCUUUGAAUGAGAUCCCGCCGAGGGAGCUUGAGCAGCGAGGAAUGAUUGUCUUGCCAUUGCCUCGAGGUAUUCGGCCUAAUGGAACUGCAGAUGUGAAUUAUGCAGUGACAGUCAAGGCUCAGGCAUCUCCAUACCACACUCCUCGACGGUCAUUAGAAGUCGUCCAGAACCAAAUCGACCGCAUCGUUGCCACAAACCCAAAUGUGCACAAGAGGAACAAGGUAUACUGCGACAUGUGGAUCCACGAGGGCCGAUGUGCCUUUACCCAGACAGGAUGCAAGUUCAAGCAUGAGAUGCCCCUGGACGAAGAAACCCAGAGAACCCUUGGGCUUUUCCAAGGCCUCCCCAGUUGGUUCAAGAAGCAGCAGGAGGAGUCGGCCAUGAGAACGGCCCGUGAGAGUUCCAGUUCCAGUUGUGAGGCCUCACCUACGACUUCGUCGUCUCGAAGCUCGGAUUUUGCUUGGCAGAAUGUUGCGCUGGGUAGGAUCCCCGGAACGGUGGACUCAUUAAUGGCGAUGUCGCAAGAUAACAGCAACAAGUUUGAUGCUAUCCGCUCAUCUCAAAUGAUAGAUGUUCGCCCGGUUCCAUUUUCUUGGGGCCCUAUUGCGCGUCCGAAGGGGGCGGCGUCGAAAGACAGCCCAGCGGGAAGGGCUUUUGGAAUACACGCGUAG